GCCGGAGAAGGAGGUUUGGGAAAAUUACCUGAGGAGUGGAGAGAGUGGGAGUCAUCCUCCAGCAUUUAAAUGUGUCUUUUCCGUGUGGGUCGUCAUGUGUGGUUGAACCGGACUCGGUAAGCUCUCGGGCCGGCGGGUCGCCGGGCUGCUGCGAUGCAUUUCGCUGCGCUGUGCUCUCGGGUUUAGCGCCGCUAGCCGCUGUCAGACUCUCUUCAUAAACUCAGACCUCUCAGCCAGCUAGCGACUGCUGGGGUCACAUGAAACCGUGCGUGAGUAAACCUGCCCCGGGGCUCGGAUCGAGCACAAGCCAGCUGCUGCCAGCCCGGAGUUAAAGCCGAGUCGGAGCGACCAGGAGCCAUGCAUUGAGUGCCGUCGUCGUCCCCUGGUCGAGAAACCGGCGGAAUCUGGCUCUUUUGUCGGGCUUUUAUCAGAUGGAGGAGACGUUUGCUGCAGUCUGCCCAACGAGCUGAUUUCAAACUUCAGCUGUUAUGCCUUCUGUCUGACUCGAGCUCUUCUAUAUGUGCGAGCAAUGGCUUUUCGCAAGGUAGAUGAGCUACCGAGUGAGAGCAGUGACUCUCCUUCAGUCACCAGGCACCGAUGUGGCCCGGAUGACAUUGUGGAGGAGCUUCAUCCGGAUGCGAUGAACGCUACGGUGAAAUCUCAAAAAUCUGGGAAAUUCAGGAGGACUGCUCUGACAUUUUUUGGCGUUCGUAAAAGUAUCUGUAUUUUGCCGAGUUUCUUCAGUGGGAGGAGUAAGAACCAGAGCAAGUGGACGACUAAGAAAGGAAUCACCAAAAGCCGAACACACGACGGGCUGAGCAAAGUUAGUCAUGAUGACAAUCUGAGAAGCGGUUAUUCUUUAGCCGGAGACUUUGAGUUCCACAACCAGAAGGACGCUGCUGGAGAGCUCCACAGUAGCUGUCACAAUGAAUGUAGUCACCCCUCCGCUGACCAGAAAUCCCUGACUCUCGGCCGGCAGAGACGAGGUUUCAUGAGUCUCUUUCACAGUUUUAAGCAUCACAGAAACCAUAGAAACGCUGGACUGGAUAAAACGGAAAUGAUUGCGAUGUCCUCUCCUCCCUGCGGGAAAGAGGAGCCUGUUGUCCAGGACAACGCCAAGCAGUAUGUCACCGAGUGCCUGGGAUCUGAACCGGAUGUGCCUGAUUUUGCAGAUGUGAUAUGUGACAUUUCCAUCGGACCUGAAUGUAGUGAUGCCGACGCUUCUGGAUUUGAGAGUCGUGCGGAGAAAGAAAGUCCAAAGUCUGUGCUCGACGAUCAAGAAAGUGACCCUCAACUGGAGAUUGAUUCGACGGCUGUGGUUUCCUCUGACUUCAAGGAGAAUUUUAGGGGACACAGCGAGCCUUGCCUGAACCUUCAGGCGAUGUCUGAGCCCACGUUGAAGCCUGAAACACCGGCUGGCUCCUCGGAUCAGCUGAACAUUUUCGGAGAUGUAGCGUCAUUAAAGAGCUUUGAUUCUCUCACCGGUUGCGGGGACAUCAUUGCAGAUCAAGAAGACGACAGCAUCACCGAGAGCACGGUGUCGGGUGAACGGAGCAGGAAUGGAGGAAAGAGGGCCUCUUGUUAUCUGACUUAUCAGGGUGGCGGUGAAGAGAUGGCGUCGCCGGAAGACUUGGAUGAAUCAUGUCUCCGGGACUUCUGGGAAAAUACCGCAUCGGAAGAAAUGUGCUACACUUGCAAUCAAGACCACACGGAAAUGACGGCCGAGCUGACGAGUUCCCACAACAUGGACUUGCUGAACAGCAGCAGUGCCCAGCAGGCGGCUGGCGCUGCGGACACUUCGUCCAUCGCUGAUGUCUUAACUCCUCAAAGUGAGCAUCAAGAGUCUGUUCCAAAUAGCGACGAGGGCUAUUACGACUCAACGACCCCCGGGCCGGAGGAGGGGCAGGAGAAGACAGAGCGACUGGGGACGGGCAGAUUGCCCAGAGACAGCUACAGCGGCGAUGCCCUCUACGAACUGUUUGCACCUGACGAGAGUCUCAUCAGUCCUCACUAUGAGAACAAAUCCAAACUCCCUCCUUCAAACCAGUGCGACUAUUUAAGUGAGAUGGUCAACGUGUCGGAUUCCGCCUUUGUUCCGGAAAUGAACAGGUUACAAAUAAGUGCUGACUUGUAUGAUGUUCACGAUUUCCUAGAAAUGCAAAACACAUGCGGUAAAUCCCCAGAGCAAGCGCAGAACACGGUGACUCAGCAGGAAAUUGGUAUGAAUAAAAACUCUAAUUUGAAUUCAAAACCUCAAGCAUCGGGCCACAUGAAAGAUAUGAAACUGGACAUAUUUGAAGAAAAAGGAAAUAAGCUUGCGCCCGCUGAAAAAAGGACGAGCCCCCUCAGUGCUGACUGUGAGAAACGGCACAGCAACUUAUCAUUCGGCAGCACGUCUGACCCUGACUUUGAAACAUUUUGUGAACCCAAAGAGGAGCACCUCGAGGAGAACAAACCGGUGGCUUUACCCUACAGGAAUAUCAACGCUCAGCCUGAAGAUUGUAACAAUGACGCGGACGACGGGCACGCGGUGUGUUUCUCCCAGGCCCUUGUGGACUACACGAAAAACACUGAAAUGAUGGGUAACCAUGACGACGACCUGGAGACAAACUCUGCCAUCACCCCGAACAUGGAGGCCUUACCCGCCAUAGUGACGUUUGACGUCGUGGACCUGCACAACGAGGGCGAAUACGACGAGCAGCUUCAUAUGGAGCUGGAGGAGGAUAUCGCGUCGCCCUAUCAGGAAUUUGAGGAGAGCUACCUUCAGAAAGACGCAUUUGCUGAGUGCGACUAUCAAAUGUUAGAUCUGUAUGAACAGAAUAUGAUCAGCAACACAUGGGCAGUCGCUAGUCUCCCACGGCACCUCGGCCUUACAAGAGUCGGUCAGUCCGUGCCUAAUCCAUUGUCUCUGGACAGGAGGACUCGGUCCCUGGACACAGAAAGCCUCGAGAUGAAGAUGCCCGACACGUACAAAGAGAACAGAGCUGCUACCGUUUCUUGUCCUCAGAAUGAAAAAGACUCUGAGAGAGAUUCCUCGCCAUAUUAUAUGAAGAAUGUAGUCGUGUCGGCAUCAGAAGUUAAAGACGGCGACGGCGUGACAUCCUCGUCGUGGCAAACAAGGUCAGAGAUGGCUUUAAGCCUCCCGAUGAGUGACGGAGAAGUUACAGGAAAGGUACAAAGUGUCGCUCAGGCACAAGGAAAACACAGCGUGUUUCCGGGCGCGGCGAACACUGAUUUCCCCGGCAGUAAAUCUCAACGUCACGGCUCUAACGUGUCAGACAGGGAGAACACAGAGCCCAACAACAGGCGGUGUCACUCCCCCUCGCAGUCAGACUCUUCUUCACCUCACAGCACCUUGGUUUAUCCCGGAGCGAAGGAGAACAUAUCAGACGACAUCAACGAUGACAUUUUUCGUAAAGCUGCUGCUAAGCUGCCAUCUUACAGUCACCCUGGCAGACCAGGGUGCAGUAGGGAAGCUCUGUCCAAUACUGGGAGUCCUCUGAACUCGUGUGUGUUUAAAGAGGAAAUCAGACCUGCCAGGGAUGUGGCCUGCAACAAUCUUCCCGACACAACCUUUAACUGAGUCAGCCUCAGUCACACAGUGAAGGCAUGUGUGUUCAUACAAAGAGGGUCAUUGUUGCUUUACCUAUUUUUUUCUCUUGCACAUCUGAUUCAGUUGAAAGCUUUUUUUUUUUUUUUUUUUUUUUUAAGACUGUAGUAAGUGAUUUUGAAGUCAUGCUAAAACGUGGAGUCAAGUACAGCGUUUGGGAGUUUGGAUUUCUGCAUUUGCACAUUUACCGCCUACUUUACACAAGCUACACAUAUUAGUUCUUUUGUAGGUAUUUAAGGGAGUGAUCGUUACGUUACCAUUGGAGGUGCUCGCAUGUUCAUCUCAUGAAGCUAGUGAAUUUUACUAGAAUGUUAAUACCCACGUGUAGCCUCAGUAUCCAGGGCUUUGUCCGGUUGUUAUUCAUGUGCCUGGCUUCCAUUGUGCAGCCACACAGGGCUGACUGAGUUCUGCUUACUUUGCCAAUUGCCUCUUUACAUGAGUUGCAAUGCUUUAAAUACUGGUCUUUGUUUGUGCUUUGCAGCUUUUAUUUUUAAUCUCCAGUGAAAUUCAUGCUUCUGUGACAUGAUGCUAAAAUUGAGUGUUUUUGAAGUGUUUUGAUUCAUUUCAAGCUAGAUUGGGUAAAAAAAAAAACCCAGGAGAUUCUUUAACAGGAAUAUUUCGGAGGAUCAGUUUAAAUCACCUUUUAUGAAAUAUACAGAAAAGGUUUGACUGUUACUAAAACAGCUAGUUCUACUCAUUCAUCCUUUCACAACUUUUACUAACUUCAGCUUCCAGGUCAUCUUUAUACUGGUCCUCAUUUGUAGUUGGUACAAUCCAUUUGUUGUGUGAAAAUAUAUUUUAUCUAAGAUGUCAGAUACACCGAUGAAAUUCGGUGAAAUAAAGUUAAAAAAAAAAAAAAAACGCAAAAGUCUUAGACUGUCAAGCCAAUUCAGCCUUUUUAGAAUUAUUUUUGUCAAAUUUACAUUUGAGUCCA